AUGACAACCAAUUUGGCGGAGAAUGGAAUAGACGAUUGGCAUAACCUUCCUACAAAGCUUAGAGAGCAUGAAAGUAAUCCGGAGCAUUGUGCAAAUGUUGUGAAGUGGGUUGACUUGCAAAAAGGACUAAAACUAAAGGCAACAAUUGAUAAAGAUAUAGAAGCACAAAUUGACAAAGAGAAAACUCGUUGGAAGAUGAUACUAGUUCGAAUCAUUGCGGUUGUGACGACUCUUUCUCGAAAUGGUUUGCCAUUUCGUGGAACUAAUGAGAAGAUUUAUGAGAAGAACAACGGACUUUUUUGUCAACUUAUAGAGUUCCUUGCAGAAUUUGAUCCAAUUAUGCAAGAUCAUGUUCGGCGUGUGGUAGAUAAAGAAGUUCAGAACCAUUAUCUUAGCUAUAAAAUUCAAAAUGAAUUGAUAAUUUUGUUGGCCAAUGAGAUCAAAGAAAAAAUUCUUGACAAAAUUUCAAAAGCAAAGUAUUUUUCAGUUAUUCUUGAUUGUACGCCGGAUUUAAGCCACGAGGAGAAAAUGUCAAUUAUCAUUAGAUGUGUGGAUAUUGAAGAUACAAAUCAAGUCAAGGUGGAAGAGUUUUUUCUUGGAUUUAUAAAGGUUGAUGACAUGUGGGGACUUGGGCUUUUCAAUCAACUUGAAGAUACUUUGAAUAAACUUAAUCUCAACAUUGAUGAUAUAAGAGGUCAAGGUUAUAACAAUGGGUCAAAUAUGAAAGGUUUACACUUUGUUUGCUGGAUCAACACAUCGGGGGAUGUUCUUAAAACAUAUGUAAAGGGUCUGACACCAAAGCCAUUGUCGGUUACUCGUUGGGAAAGUCAUGUUAAAAGUGUUAAAGCAAUCCGAUAUCAAGCACUGGAGUUGGGAGACGCUUUGAUUGAAAUUGUAAAUAGUUCUAAAGAGGACAUUGUGAUGGCAGAAGCAAAAGGCUUGUGUAAAAAUGCUUUGGAGGAUUUUGAGUUCUUGAUUAGCUUGUGUUUUUGGUAUAAGAUUUUAGAUAAAGUCAAUCGAGUUAGCAAAAUUCUUCAACAAGAAGAGAUGAAUUUGGAGGAUGCAAUUACAAGAAUAAACGAGCUUAUUGUUUUCUUUCAAAAGUUUAGAGAAGAUGGUUUUGAAAACAUGAUGAAAGAAGCCAAUGAACUUGCUAAUGAUGUUGGUAUCGAUCCGACAUUUCCGAUAAAAAGAGUGGUUCGUAGAAAGAAGCAUUUUGAUGAGGAUGUGGAAGCGAAUGUUGAAGGUAGUCAAUCACCGGAGGAUAAUUUUAGAGUUUCCUAUUUCCUCCACAUUAUUGAUCAAGCUCUUACAUCACUCAAAUAUCGUUUUGAACAAUUCGAGCUCUAUGAAGAAAUCUUCGAUUUUUUGUUUAAUGCAAAGUUCAUGAGCAUUGGUGAAGAAAAAUUAAUGGAACAUUGCAUUAAAUUACAAAGAUACUUGGAACACAACAAACAAUGUGAUAUACAUGGGAAAGAUUUAUUCAAUGACCUACGAGCUUUGCAAACAAUAUUGCCGAAGGAAGUGACUAAAUCAAUAGACAUCCUUGACUUCAUAAGAUCUUAUUAG